CAAAAGAUGGAUUGCAUUAAAUUUCUCUUUACCCUAGCCGAGCUCCACCAGAAACCCUACGCUGAGCCCCUCUUUGCCUGAGCCUCAACCAACCAGGCAGGGCAAUGGCAAUGGCUGCUUCCAUUCGUUGUAUGCUUCGAAAGACUGGGAAUAUUAAUGACAAAAGUAUUCAGGAUAUCAACAGAACUUUUGGGAGCAUAGCUGCUACUAAUGUUGAUGCAACUUCUAGCGACAACAAAGACCACAAUAAUGUCCAAGCACAAGCAGACGUUCUGUUUAAUUCACUGCCUUGUGAGCCUACGACAGGCACAGUUUCCCGAACUGGUUACCGCACUGGCCCUGGGGCCGAUCGUAUACUCGGAAAAGGGAGGCAACGCAUUCUCAAACCUGUACUCAAGAAGGAAACGAGGUAUGGACGUGAACCGUCUGAUGAACGGUUUGGUCUCAGACCAUGUGACCGCCGAGUUGGCUCUCACCACAGAUUCACUCUACCUAGAGAAGGUCUCUUUACUCAUGGCGUCCCCUACGAAGGUUGCCCCAAAUGUUGUACACUAAAAUGGGAAGAAGUUGACCGUAAGAAAAAGGGAUUGCCGAUACUAUUUGCUGCUGCGAGGUGGAAGGCUGGGCGUUGUCAUCGGUGUGGUGCUGCUACUCCUGCCACUGCUGCUGCUAGAAGAAGAAACAAGGGCAAGAAGGAUGUGACGCUGGAAGAAUUUAUAUCAUUUGCAACGUACUACGCAGAAAAAUAUUGUCAAACAUAUGCGGAUCCUGCUGAUGAUGCCAGGGCAGUGAAACAGGAAGUGCGAUGGGCAGUGCACGGUGCAUUGUAAAGUGGAUUGCACCAUUGUAGAGAGGCUGGCGAGCUUCAACAAAAUGAAGAAACCGCAACUGCAAUGGACAGCAGUUUGAAAGAUUUCUAGCUAUUUGUCAAUAAUUAACGGACUGCAUUUUUAUAACGUUGUUUGUGUGUUUGGAACGGUAGAAAUGUUUAAUUACUUACAUGGUAUGCUAUGGGAAUGAUUUAUCAUCA